CAAAGAUGCAAAAUCGACGGAACUCGAGGGUUUAAUCCUGUGCUCUAUCUCUCUUUCCCUAUUCUACCGCCGCCACGAUUUGGUGCGCGUGAGCCGUCAGCACCGGCGACCGCACCGGCGACUGCACCGCCGGCGUCGGGACACAACAAGCCGGCACCCCUUCCACUGAAGCCUUCUCUCGUCGACAGGCGUCGCCCUCCUCUUCCUCUUCCUCUUCCUCUUCCUUCCCCACUACCGGUACUGGACCGAUGUAGAGUGGAGAUCCAUCCGGACUCGGAUCGAUUGCUCCUGCAGUUGUCAAGUUGUCGUCGAUUUGAAUGCUGCGUCGUGUCCUACUAAUUCAAUCCAUCCAUUGGUAGCUCGAUUAGGUUCUUCUUCUUCAGCGCGCAAGAUCGAUCUAGCCAUGGUGCCGGUGCAAUUUAUUUUCCACAAAUUUAUGGGUUUUUGUUAAGUCUGCCCCUAUAAUACACAACCACACAACUAUGGCUGCUGCCGGCCCAUCGGAGCCGCCGAUGGUAGAGCAAGUGAUCACCGAGUUCUUUGCCAAGAGCCUCCACAUCGUCCUGGAGUCGCGGUCGCCCUACGAUUCGUCGCGCAACUUCAUGCGGCCCUCCCCGCCGCCGUCGCCGCUGUCUGCCAGCCAGCCGCGGGACCGGUGGUUCAACCUCGCGCUGCGGGACUGCCCGGCGGCGCUUGAGAACUUCGACCUGUGGCGACAGAGUAACCUUGAGCCGUUGGUCAUUGACAUUGUCCUCUUGCAACGCGACAAUACCAAAACCAUCAGUGCUGGGGGUGGCAGGAUCAUAGAGAGGUGGGUUAUAAAGUAUGAAACCAGCAGGUCCAGCAGUGGCUGUGGUAAUAGUAGCAAGAACGAUGGCAAAAAGUCUAGGAACAGGUCAGCAGAGGAUCAUAGCUUGUACAGGAGGACAUACAGUGGCGCGACAGUUUUACUCCGGUCACUGUAUCUGGUCGUCCGGCUCUUGCCAGCAUACAACCUCUUCCAGGAAUUGAAUUCAUCUGGGAGGAUCCGUCCACUGAGCCUCUCACACAAAAUUUCAUCAUUUGUCGAGCCUUUCACACGUGCCGAGGAUGCAGAUAUGAAACACUAUGCAUUUGCUCCAAUUGAAACUCUCUUUGGCCACUUGAGCUUGUCAGUUUCUUAUGUGCCAGUGCCAGAUGUGGUGGCAGCACCAGAGCCAUCCACACCAAUGCCGCCAGAGCUUAUAAUGGAUUACGUUGGAAGCCCCACAACAGAUUUCCUAAGGAAGUUCAAUUCCCUACCUUCAGAUGGUAUUGCACCUGCAUCUUUUCCAAUGACCAGGCGGCAUAGUUGGAGCAACGAGAAUGGAGCUGGACCAUCGGCAUCGCCAUUUCCUAUGAAUUCAGAACCCCGUGGGCGCUUACAGCCACAUAUACUUAUGCCUGAUAAUUCUCCAACAGCAUACUCACAUCCACAUACCACAUCAUCAUCUGGGAAGAGGAAAAAUACAGUAUCUGAAGAAUGCUGUCCAUCGCCACCUCUGUCACCAUCACCAUCCCAUCUGCCUUCUCCUAGCUAUCCGAGAAAUCCUUUGUUCCGAUAUGAGAGUGCUCCAUUAAGUAUUCCCACAGUGAGGGCUGGUGCAGGUGGUAGCGGACUGCCUCCUUCUCCAUGUAGGAAGGAUAAGCAACAAUGCUCAUCUCAAAAUGAGAAUCAGACACAUUCUCCCAAUGAUAAAUCAGUAGUAGCGAAGGAUUUAGUCAGGCUGGGUGAAUUCCAGAAUGACAAGUCUUUGCAAAAGCAGGUUUUAUCUUUUGGCAAAUAUGAGUUGGGAUAUUUUCGUGGACUGAAGUUGACUCGGACCUCCAGUAAACUUUUCAUCAUGGAUGAGCUGGAUGAACGGGAGUUGGCUUUUGCUUGGGAAGAUAAAGACACAAUCAUUGAUCAGCUCAACAGGAUAGAUAUCUCUGACAGGGAGGACCAUGAAUCGAAUCAGGAUCUUGGAGGCUCGUUGACAAGGUCUCCAGAUGCAGCAAUAGGUAUUCUUGUGCGCAUGCUAAAGAAUGCUCCAGGCCUGAGGGAAAGGCUACUGUCCAUCCCAGCUGCCCCAGUUCCUCAGGAACCUUCUUCACUUCAGAGGGUCGUGACCGAGGAACGUGACAGCGGCGCAUCAAGUUCUGCAGCGGCGCAUUCCUUUAUGCUGAGGUCAAGGACGGCAGCGGAUGCGCUGGAGGAGCUGAACAGAUACAAGGAGAUUAGAGAAAUGAUACUGAAUCGCGGCAAAGGACACCCCUGCGACAGCAAGUUGGAGGAGAAACCCACGGAUGGAGAUCCGUAGCAUACAGUCUGACGACAAAAGUUUACUAUGUAUAUGUAGUAGAAGCUAGCUGACGAUCCUUUUGUAGCUAGUAGCAACUGAGAUGUUUUUGGAAACAAAGUGGCUACUAGGAUGUGACGAACUCUAUAUAUCUAUCCCUCUAUAUAUAUAUAAGCUACAACAUAUAUAUCCAUCUAUCCAUCCAGGUGCUCUGAGAUGAUGGCCCACUUGCUGGGUUGUGUAAAGUUGAAAUGUUUGACUGCAAGGCACGCGAUGAGAAUGUGAAAUGCAAUCGAAUGGUUUCAGUUCUCAUUUAUAAAGCUUUAUUUUAUUUGGUUCA